CCCGAGCCUCCACCUGCCGCGGACUCCCGGGCUGCCGGGCGCGGGGCAGAGAAGGUGCGAGAAACAGGGGCCCGGGAGACAGCGGCUCUCGGGGACCGCUCCGCGCAGAGAGGGGACGCCCUUCCACGCCGCCAGCCCCCGCGCGUUCGGCGCCCCGGCCCCGAGUUCGAGGGCCACCGCCCUCGGAGGGGGCUCUCCGCGCGGGCAGCGCCCCGUCCCGGGGCUCCGGCGCCUCGCCCCAACACCACCACCCCGCGGCGGGGCCAUGCCGGGGCUGCGCCGGGACCGCCUGCGGACCCUGCUGCUGCUGGGCGUGCUGCUGGCCGCCGACCUCUACUUCCACCUCGGGCCCCGGGUACGGCGCCGGCUGCGGCCCCGGGAGCGCCCGCCCGGCUGCCCGUGCGCCCACCGCGCCGCCACCUCGGCCCCUCGGCCGGCCGCGCGCCACGUUCCCCCGGCCGAGCCGGACGGCGGCGGCCCCGGCUCCAAGCUGCGGGCCCUCUUCGCGCACCCGCUGUACAACGAGCCGGAGAAGCCGCCGCUGCUGGGGCCCGAGGACUCGCUCCUGGCCGGCCCCGAGGCGCUGCGCUAUUACCGGAGGAAGGUGGCCCGCUGGAACAGGCGACACAGGAUAUACAGAGAGCAGCUGAAUCUCACUUCCCUGGAUCCCCCACUGCAGCUCCACCUGGAGACCAGCUGGAUCCAGUUCCACCUGGGGAUCAGCCGCCACGGCCUGUACUCCCGGUCCAGUCCCGUCGUCAGCAAACUUCUCCACGACAUGAGGCACCUUCCCACCAUCAGCGCUGACUACAGUCAGGACGAGAAAGCCUUGCUUGGAGCCUGCGACUGCACCCAGAUCGUGAAACCCAGUGGGGUCCACCUCAAACUGGUUCUGAGGUUCUCGGACUUCGGGAAGGCCAUGUUCAAACCUAUGAGACAGCUGCGAGAUGAAGAGACGCCCGAGGACUUCUUCUACUUCAUUGAUUUUCAGAGACACAACGCUGAGAUUGCAGCUUUCCAUCUGGACAGGAUUCUGGACUUCCGACGGGUACCACCGACCGUAGGGAGGCUAGUCAAUGUCACCAAGGAAAUCCUGGAGGUCACCAAGAAUGAGAUCCUGCAGAGUGUUUUCUUUAUCUCUCCAGCCAGCAACGUGUGUUUCUUCGCCAAGUGCCCGUACCUGUGCAAGACGGAGUAUGCCGUAUGCGGCAACCCGCACCUGCUGGAGGGCUCCCUGUCCGCAUUCCUGCCGUCCCUCAACUUGGCCCCCCGGCUGUCCGUCCCCAGCCCCUGGAUCCGCUCCUACUCGCUGGCGGGCAAAGAGGAGUGGGAAGUCAACCCUCUUUACUGCGACACGGUGAAGCAGGUCUACCCGCACAGCAGCAGCGGCCGCCUCCUCAACAUCAUCGACAUGGCCAUCUUCGACUUCCUGACGGGAAACAUGGACCGGCACCACUACGAGACGUUCACCAAAUUUGGGGACGACGGGUUCCUGAUUCACCUCGACAACGCCAGGGGGUUUGGACGGCACUCCCACGACGAAGUCUCCAUCCUCUCGCCACUCUCCCAGUGCUGCCGAAUAAAAAGGAAAACACUCUCGCACCUGCAGCUGCUGGCCCAAGCCGACUACAGACUCAGCGACGUAAUGAGGGAGUCGCUGCUGGAAGACCAGCUCACGCCUGUGCUCACAGAGCCGCACCUCCUCGCCCUGGAUCGCAGGCUCCAGACUGUCCUGAGGACCGUGCGGGGCUGCAUUGAGGCCCACGGAGAGCACAGCGUCGUGGCCAACGGCCCCACGGGACAGUCGGCCCCAGACUCCGGCCCCAGCUAGGGGCUGGACGAGUCCGACCUCGGGAACUACGCCUGGAGCCCGCGGUGGACUCUGGAGUGUGGACCACAGUGUCCUCGCGGGCCCCAGGCCAGGCUGGGGCCUGGGUCAGGAGCUCACGAAGCAGGCAGGGCACUGGGAUGAUUCCAAAAGAGCAGAAGAAGUGGGACCCACUGCACUUUCCUCCUUGGAGCACUGCCCUGGCUCCCUAGCUCCCCAGAAGCUCUGCUUCAAGGCCACAGACCACCUGCUGAGCCCACUGGGAAAUCUGGACACGGGACCAGCCUGGAAGCCUGGCUCCCAGGAGAGAGCAUUAACUGUAACAAAUAAAAUUACGGGACGUCAGAUGGACACCCCCAGAUCUUUAUUACAUCUACAAGGAUAAUUCCCGAUCCAGAUUAAUAAACAUCUGGCAUCUCACAAGCAGACCCCCCCCAAAAAAACCUAAAUAUGGUAACUCCAACUGGUUCCAAGUAGUCUGCACGCUUUCUGUUCAUAUUCUAAACACUGCGGCCCAGUCUGAACACAGUAAUCCCUACUGACUGGUCCUAAAGUAAUUUCUCAGAAGUGUUAUUACAAGAGGUGAAAGUAACAUAGGGAUUUGCUCAGAGUAUCAGCAAAGGGAUAUUUCAAUCCGAAGAGUAAAUGUCAAUUGAAAUAACAUCAAGGCUGUCAAAGCUGGCAUCCAGCAACAAUAGAAGGCAAAGCGAGGGUGGCCCUGAGGGGGGACAGCGGAAGAACGGGUCCGGCAGGUCCAUGAGCCUGGACUAAGCAGCACAGCCAGGACCGACCCGAGCCCACCGGUGAGUCCUCCUCCCCUAAGAUUCAGGCAUUGUCCCCACCGCCCCGUCCCCAAGCGCAGCGGGCUGUCUGGAGAAGCCUGGCACUCUGGAUGCCACUCCCCUCUGCUCACUCAGAAAGCACUAAGUCAAAUUUACUUUCAAAGCCUCCCUCAAAAGUGGGCAUCUCAGGGGUUUCCUGUCUCUUCAGCCUCCUCCCUGCUGACCUGCUGUUGUCUGAAGAGGAGGCUGUUUCUUAUUCAACAAUCCACGAAAACACACAGGAUAGGCGUGUAUUCACAUUAAUCACUCAGCAAGUAAAAACAGCUGAUUUCAUCAGCCCAGCUUUUCUGGUACAGGCCAGAGGCGCAAAUACCAGUACGAGUAGGGUGAGAAGAAGCUGUCGCUAAAGCGGGUAUGAGGUCAAGACGCCUCUAGACGUCAUCCAAGACGUCUGCCGUGUGCCCAGAGACAGGGGCGCUUCCGGCCCAGCCCGGCUGCCCCCAUCACUGGUACGCUGCCCCGAACCUACGUCCCCGUGAUAGUGAUACCACUUCCAUUCACGGAGCUCGUUCUCCACGUGCCAAAGUCAAACGCAGGCUUCCAAUCCUCCCCGACAGACAGGAUCCCUGACCCCCAGGGUACCUCCAAGAAAACUAAGGCUCAGGAAGGUUAGCUAAAAUCAUGCAACUUAAUGAUUCAAAACUAUCCCAAAGCGUUCUUUCCACUGUAAUGCAAAACUCAACAGCAUCUCACCCAAUUCAUGCAGUUGUAUUUGUUGGCUUUAAAACAAAAACCAGUCUUCAGUAGAGGAACCUCAAUCCCAGAGCCUCGUGUUACUGAGGCGUCUCUACUGCUGCUCAAGGCCUCCCACUUCACAGAUGGUUUCUUCUACUUCAAGCCUACGUUUCCUCUUGGAGGGGGAGCCAGGUAAUCACACGCAGCGGAGCGAGAGGAGAAUAUUCAGGCGAAGGUGUUCAGAGACUAUAGCACAAAAUGGUCUGAACUCGCAAACUGCAGAGGCUCAGGAAGGCAGGCCCAGCUGCACCUCGACCCGGCCUCUUCCGUGACAACGGACUAGUUUUCAGAUGGCCUAUAAUAAAAAUGCUGGCGUACUUUACAGACCGAGGGUAAGAGAACUGAGUUUGACCACAGUAUGUCGCGUACCUAGAUGUUUUAUUAUUCACCCAUCCAUUAUUUUUUCACUAAUACCAAAAUUAAGCCACUACCAUUUGUCAAAAAUACCAGAAAACAAAAGACCCCAGUCUUAGAUCUAUCAAAUUCUUCCAACACACUCACUUUGGACCACUGUUCAAUUUUCCAUGACAUAAAAACUCUCCUGUCUCUAUGUUAAGAACUUUUCAUGUUUUCCUGUCAGUACUACUAACAGCAAACUAAAAAAUGAAAGGGAACCGACAGCCCACGAGCUGGUGGAGAAAGGGGUCUGGAGGAACUCACUUAGCCUCCCCCAAAGUCAGGAGGACAAUCUGAGUCUGAAGACGGUAAAAAGGGGAGUUGAUUCUCUUAUCUGUGGUAGUUUUAUGGUUGAUGAAUCACCAAGGACACGGAAUCAGCGGAGACAGCCGCCUUCCCCUAGAAGCUAUACAGGGCUGUAGGUUCCUGUGCCGCCUUCUCGUAGAAGCGAUACGGGGCUGUAGGUUCCUGUGCCGCCUUCCCCUAGGAGCGAUACGGGGCUGUAGGUUCCUGUGCCGCCUUCCCCUAGAAGCGAUGCAGGGCUGUAGGUUCCUGUGCCGCCUUCCCCUAGAAGUGAUACGGGGCUGUAGGUUCCUGUGAGAGCCUCUGGUGACACUCCUGUCAACCUACCAAUACACGAUCUUGAUUCCUGCGUUACGGUGUGAUGAAGACACCUCAGUUAGUAUCCACUGUUGCUUCACGAACACUGAGCUCGGCCAAUGGCGCUGCCUCUCACGCCUGAGAGAAGCUGGCUAACACGUACCCCUCUAGAGACCCACCACAGCCUUCUCACCCUCGGGACCCCCAGCCAGGACACGAGCACUCCUCUGGGGGCCACUUUAAAUAGAGAAAUCACCAACAGGAAGUACAAAAAUGCAAAAAAGUGGCACUAAAUAGACCAAAACAAGGGCAUCUGAUUUCAGCUGAAACUAGAAGGCAGAGUGUGCCCGGUCUGACCUGUGCCAGGCACUCGCGUGUCGGGAGACGCGGGCCCCUCUCCACUCAAGUCUGGGAAUGACUGUGACAGUGCCGGGAGUACUGAUUUGGGGGUUACAGAUGAAUUUCAGCAAGUACGCAAAUUUGCAAAGUUCGCAAAUACAGCAUCCGUGAACAACGAGGACCGACUGUAACUGACUUUGAGGCUAACAAAGAUGAUAAAAAGCCCUCCAUCUAGUGGUGACUUAGAAAACCACAAAGCUACUUAAGCUACACUGGCAGAGAGCUUUCGCAAAACGAAAAAAUUCUGCUCAUUAGUGGUUUGGGUUUUUAGGCAGCAUCAGGAUGCAGUCACAGCUCUGGACUUCUGUCAGUCCACAAAUUUUAACUUUAUACGCACACAGUAACACUGACUGCUGUGUGAAACUCCUUAGGGUAAGAAGGGAGAGAUUUACCAUUCUCCCUUUUAUGUUCUCUCCACAGUCUUUCCUGAUGGCUAUUAUGAUGGUGAUCAACACACUGCUUCUCCAUGUUGUUUUAGUAGUUUUAGCCCAUCUAGAAGUACACUGCCAGGGCCUAACAAAAAUACAAAAAGGUCCGGACGGGAGAGGCCACAACAGUGAGAGGCCUGCGUACCGCAAAAAAAAAAAAAAAAAAAAUACAAAAA